AUGGAAUCCUCAAGAAUGACUGGGAGCAGCAGCUAUGACGCCAAGGUGGAGCAUUUGCUGACAAUAGCCGACCACCAUGACCAUGACAAUUUCCAAAGUGAACGAUAUCUGGUGGCACUGGUACUCUUGACCAAUCAUCAGCUGAUGAAUGUCCAGCAGUUCCAAACUGUAUGGAACCAUCAUCGAACAUUGUUGGAAUGCUUUUGUCGUAGAUUAUUGUUGUUAUUGCCAAACACAAGCACAAAGAGCAACGUGACAAACGCACGCUUUGUGGCGCUGUUGCUCGAACGCCUCUUGGGCUGCUUGGAAGGAAAAGACAGCAUCAAUAACGAAAACUUGGAGGAAUCCUCUACACGUCUACUCCAUCUCCUGUUGGAUUUUGUGAGGCAGAGCCAGAAAACGCAGUCCUUUCUACCAUUGAUUACCCAAAUAGUGGAAGUAUUAAAUGGGUAUUGUACCAGAUUCCCAUCCCACAACAAACCCUCACUUUUAUUGUUGGAGACCAAUAUCGAUCUGAUUUGGGAAUGCUACACGAAAGGAAUGGCCGCGGAACAAUUAUUGGUCUCAUCAGUGGAAGAAAAGCAAGAGACGGCAGAGACAACGGCCAAGUCGGAUCAAACCCUCAUGGAGGAAACCCUCACCGCCAUUUUGGAUCGAACCGAUUCUACUAGCAACACAACCGCGCAAUGGCAGGAACGACUGCAUCAAUCCGUACAAGAAUUAGUUCGAAAUCACGUACUUGUCGUCAUGACACAGGAAUCGCCACAAUCUAUUGCAUCUCUAUGGCGGUGGUUUCGUCAGUGCCUAAUGUCCUCCAAUCCACUACUAGAUUUGAAACAAAAAGGCAAGGAUCCAUCUCAUCAACGGUCGUGGCACGAGACUCUCUUGCUGUUUGUCAAUUCUUUGGCCACACACCCGGAACUCGUCGCCAUGCUCCAAGAAUCGUCGUCCAAAGCCGCCCUGGUAAAGCUUCUUCUGGCAAACAUUACCAUGCCGACUGCUGGAGCAAGUGACACCACGAAUAAUCAUCGCAUGCUGGCAUGGACCGCCUUGGCAUCCUUGGUGGCGGCAAAAGGAGGCUGUGAUUGGCUGUUGAUGGAUACGGACGCGACGACAAAGGACACCAAGAAUGACACCAAGGCCUUGGGGAACGCCGCACACUUGUGUGCAUUGAUUCGGCUGACCAGUGGGGAGUGGCGGAUUCUGCUCGGAUAUGCAUUGGAACAACAGUCGUCCACAAACGACAGUGUCGUCAUUCAGGCAUGCGCUCAGAUACUGGCAUCCUUACUGGCCUACAUGUCCCAGCUUGCCCAAGACUUGGAAGAAGGCAACACCAGCCGGCAUCAGCAGCUAUUGCCUGCGGCAUUGCUCCAUCUUCGCGACUCGCUCGAAGACGCCUUGCAAGCCACGUGCCUAUUUUUGGGUCAAGCGUCUGGCAAAAAGGAAGUUGAUGAUGAUAUCCCAGUCAUGAUACAGUUGCUGGGACUGCUCUUGUCCGAGUUUGACGCCUUUGAGGGGCUCAAGCAUGUGGAUACGGCCGAAAUUCUAAAAGCACUGGACGUUGUCGUCCAAAACUCGUUGCAGGCCCAGGAACAACAGCAUUACGUCAUGGCCAGUCUUCUGGGAAUCAUGGAAACCGCGUGCGACGAUUCGUAUCGUGUCUUGCUUCUCAAGAAACACAAUUUGCUGGGCGAAAACAUGGCAUGGUUCCUGUGUCACUAUUGGUCUACUAAUAGUAGUGCAUCCUCCGUUCCCGUGGCAUGCCGCUUGACCGAGAUUUGGCACGUGCUUCUCACGGAACAUCAAUCCGAACUACGGCUGGUCGUCAAUACAGAAGCAAUCGAAAAGGCCAUUGUGGCGUGGAUCAAGAAGGGGGCUCAUCAGGAACCAGCGGCAAUCAUCAAUGAUGUCAUUGGUUGCUUUGUGACCCUCAGGGGAGACAAUCCUCCAAGCAACGAGGAUGCUCUGAUAUUGCAACAAGCCAUGGAAUACUGUGCAGCUCAUUCGUGA